AUGCCUUCCACAGCUUCUUCCACUGGCGCGACAUGUGGUUCGGGGUGCAGGUUGACUGCCAAUGCCGCCAAGUCCUCCCCUACAUCUACAACAAAGACAGCACCGAAUAUGCCUGCGAAAUACAACGACCAUUCGAGCUCUUCUGAAAGAUCCGCAGCUGUCUCGCAGAACGAUGAGUACUACAAUGAUCGCAUCGCAUCAUACCUUACCGAUAUCGGCAAAACUCCAAGAUUCGAAGGCAUGGCCGCAAAAGACAACAUCCAGGCUCAUAUAUCCCAGAUGGAGUUGUACCUUGACGAGUUCGACAAAAUCAUGACCAACUCAAAUCGUUGA